AUGGAGCCUAAUUUUAAAAGAAUUUCUCAUCACAAGGAAAUCGAAUAGUAAGAAGAUAAUGAUAAAGUCAAGUUAAAUAAAGAAUAGCUAGAGGCUAUCAACCAUUAUAAUUCUCCCCUCCUCAUAUUGGCAGGUGUUGGAACAGGCAAAACUCAAACUUUAAUGAGCAAAUAUUCCCAUUUAUUGAAAUAGGGUAUCUCUCCAUAAAAUAUAUUAGCAAUAACUUUUACAAAAAAGGCGGCAAAAGAAAUGAAAUUGAGGGCUUAAGAAUUAUCAGGAAAACCUCUUGAUUACUCCUGGGUAGGAACUUUCCAUGCUUAAUCAGCAAGAAUGCUUCGAAGAGAUAAGAUUUUUAAACUAGUUGGGCUUAAGUAAGACUUCAAGAUCUUAGAGUAAUCAGAGUCUAGAGAUUAUAUUGUGAGAUUAUUUAGAGGUUAAAAAAAUCUAAAGCGCUUGUUCCUUACAUAUUUCUAGGAAGCUUUAAAAGAAAAGAAAAGCUACAAAAAACCUACUAUGAAUUAUAGCGAGAUUUAAAUGACCCUUGACAAUCUAAAGGAAAGGUGUAUUGAAAUUGAAGAUGACAUGCCUAAUAAUUUGACAAAAUUAGAGCAACUGGUGUUUAUGAAUAUUUAUGAAGAUUAUCAAAAACUAUUAAAGAAAGAAAACUCGGUUGAUUUCAGGGAUUUGCUGUUCUAUAUGUAUUAAAUCUUCAGAAAGUUUCCUGAUAUCUUAGUGAAGAAUAGAUAGCAAUUUAAAUAUAUACUAGUAGAUGAGGUUCAAGACUUGAACACUCUACAGCAAUAAUGGUUAAAACUCAUAGUGGGAGAGAAUUAAAACUUAACUUGCGUCGGAGAUGAUGACUAGAUGAUCUAUAGUUUCAGAGGUGCCACAGGAGAUUUCAUUCUGAACUUUGAAAAGCAUUUUCCUACUGCUAAGAUUAUCAAGCUUGAAUAAAAUUAUAGAUCGACGAAAAAUAUCUUAAUGUGCGCUAAUAAUCUUAUAAGGCAUAAUAAAAACAGAAAAGGAAAGGUCUUAUGGACUGAUAAAGAGAUGGGAACAGGCAUCAAUAUCAUUCGUGAAUUCAAUACAAUUGAUGAAGAAGUAAUAGGAAUAUGCAAUUAAAUUUCAAAGAGAAUUUAAACAGAGGAAAUAGAUCUUAAUCAGAUUGCUAUACUUUCUAGAAUGAAUAAUCAAGCUAGAAGAUUUGAAAAUCAGCUAAUCUUGUAGGAUAUUCCAUAUUAACUUAGUUCUACCAAAAAACCUUUCCUGUAGAAAUUUGAAGUAAAAAAGGCUCAUUAGUAUCUAUUGUACUUGGUUAGACCAAAUGAAGAUGAAAAUAUGAUUGAAGUCUUACUAACUUUAUAAAAGAUUGGGUAAAUAACUGUUGAUAAGCUUAUUGAAGAAGCAAAAAAUUAAAAUGCCUCAAUACAUAGUAUAUGUGAGAAAUUAACUGGAGUUAUUCAAGUUUUAGAUGAAGAAGAAACUUCAAAUCAACCCUAAGACUAAAGUAAGAAGAAAAACAAAAACAAGAGAGGUAAUUCGACAACUCUAGAAAAUCUUGAACAAGAAAUAAGAUAGGAAUAUGAUAAUAAUAGAAGUAUAAGAAAAAGUAAUUAAGAAAUCCUAAAAAAAAUUGAUCCAACAAAAAUAAAGAAGCAAAUUAAUGGUGGGAAGAUAAAAUAACUUAAAUAGCUUCUAGAGAAAAGACUUUUAUUUCUUUAAGAUUAUGAUGAAGAAUAAAUGUAUCAUAACUUUUUAAAAAACACUAAGUUCUUCGAUUACCUGAAAUUGGAAUUAUCAUAAGUGGGAAAUGUUGAAGAACUUCAUAGAAGAAUGAUAGAAUCGCUCGAGAAGAAAAAAGUAGAAGACAAUAUUCCUAAAAUAAAGGUAAUGACUAUACAUGCAAGCAAAGGUCUGGAAUUCGAUAUUGUUUACUUACCUUUCUGGGUUUAAGGUAGUGUCCCCAUUCAUAGGGACGGUACUGAACUUGAGGAAGAAAGAAGAUUAGCUUUUGUUGGGAUUACAAGAGCCAAAAAUGAAGUUGUUAUUUCCAUGCAUAAUGAAGAAUAGUUUAAUGAUCGCUCUUGGUAUAAAUCAAAAUCUCAGUUUUUAAGAGAAAUGAGCUGA